AGACUCCACCCUCACGAGCCCCUCCCUCUACUGCACUUAAAUCAGCUGGCCUCGCUUUGGGAGGAGAAACCUCAGCUGGGUUUUGUGCAGAUUGGACGGGGAGGAGACUCACAAAGUGUCUGUCUGGUGGAGGAGAAGGUGACUGUCCCAGUGGAGGCCUGGGCUCCUCCAGGCACAAAGCCCGGUUUGGUUGUGGGGACAUCACAGGGAGGGAGCUGAGGGCACUGAGCCACAGGGACUCCCCAGCAGGUGGGGAAGAGGAACAGUCAUCGCUCACUUUUCCUCACAGUUGUCCCUCCUCACCAGGCAUUGUCUUCUGGAACUCUGAGCCACCAUGGAGUCUGGCGAGAAUGAGAAUUCAGAUGAACACCCUGAUUCAAAAGAAAGUGAAUCCUCAGGACCUGAACAGGACUCGGCUCACUCUCCUACUGAAAUGCAAAAGGAGUCAGGUGAAAUGCGGAACGAGUCAAGUGAAAUGCAGCAGGAGUCAGGUGAAAUGCGGAAGGAGUUAGGUGAGAUGCGAAAGGAGUCAGGUGAAAUUCGGAAGGAGUUAGGUGAACAUGACCGUGAAAUUCGGAAGGAGUUAGGUGAACAUGACCGUGAAAUGCGAAAGGAGUUAGGUGAAAUGAGGCAGGAGUUUGGUGAAAUGAGGAAGGAGUUAGGUGAACAUGACCGUGAAAUGCGGAAGGAGUUAGGUGAACAUGACCGUGAAAUUCGGAAGGAGUUAGGUGAACAUGACCGUGAAAUGCGAAAGGAGUUAGGUGAAAUGAGGCAGGAGUUUGGUGAAAUGCGGAAGGAGUUAGGUGAACAUGACCGUGAAAUGCGGAAGGAGUUAGGUGAACAUGACCGUGAAAUUCGGCAGGAGUUAGGUGAACAUGACCGUGAAAUGCGAAAGGAGUUAGGUGAAAUGGGGCAGGAGUUUGGUGAAAUGCGGAAGGAUUUAGGUGAACAUGACCGUGAAAUUCGGAAGGAGUUAGGUGAACAUGACCGUGAAAUGCGAAAGGAGUUAGGUGAAAUGAGGCAGGAGUUUGGUGAAAUGCGGAAGGAUUUAGGUGAACAUGACCGUGAAAUUCGGAAGGAGUUAGGUGAACAUGACCGUGAAAUGCGAAAGGAGUUAGGUGAAAUGAGGCAGGAGUUUGGUGAAAUGCGGAAGGAGUUAGGUGAAAUGCAGAAGGAGUUAGGUGAACAUGACCGUGAAAUGCGAAAGGAGUUAGCUGAAAUGGGGCAGGAGUUUGGUGAAAUGCGGAAGGAGUUAGGUGAACAGCGGAAGGAGUUAGGUGAACAUGACCGUGAAAUUCGGAAGGAGUUAGGUGAACAUGACCGUGAAAUUCGGAAGGAGUUAGGUGAACAUGACCGUGAAAUUCGGAAGGAGUUAGGUGAACAUGACCGUGAAAUGCGAAAGGAGUUAGGUGAAAUGCGGCAGGAGUUAGGUGAAAUGCGGCGGGAGUCAGGUGAAAUUCGGAAGGAGUUAGGUGAACAUGACCACGAAAUGCGGAAGGAGUUAGGUGAACAUGACCACGAAAUGCGGAAGGAGUUAGGUGACAUGCGGCAGGAGUUAGGUGAACAUGUCCAGGAAAUGCAGAAAGAGUUAGGUGAUAUGCGAAAGGAGUUAGGUGAACGUGACACUGAAAUGCAGAAGGUGUUAGAUGAAAUGCAGCAGGAGCUAGGUGAACAUGACUGUGAAAUUCGGAAGGAGUUAGGCGAAAUGCUGCAGGAGUUACAUAAACAUGACCGUGAAAUGAAGAAGGAGUUAGGUGAAAUGCGGCAGGAGUUAGGUGAACGUGACUGUGAAACGAGGGAGGCGUUAGGUGAAAUGCAGCAGGAGUUACGCGAAAUGCGGAAGGAGUUAUAUGAAAGUGAAAUUUGGCAGGAGUUACGUGAAAUUCGGCGGGAGUUACGUGAAGUUCGGCGGGAGUUACCUAAAAUGCGGCAGAAGUCACAUGAAACUCGGCCCAAGAAGCCUGCUGGCCCCUCUGCGUCCACAAGAGUUCGUCGUGGAUCUAGGAUCUCAGGGCAGUUAUUAUAGCUAUUUUGCAGAAAACAACUCGAGGUACUAUGGCCACUGCUAAAUUGGUUGCAGUACCUGCUGCAAGCAUCUCUUGAAGAUGCUGCUCAUAGUGCUGAAAGUAUUACCAGAAAUGUGAAGGCUGUCUGUAGCUCUCCUGGCUAACCCUCGCUGACCCACCCUGGACAGCCCUGCUCAGUCCCUCCCUGUGCUGCCCUUACCACCCGCCUGCAAAGCCCUCCUGCCUGCCUGGCUUUCCUUCCCCAGGUCUCACUGGUCCAUCUGGCCCCUUCGUCCAGCUCACAGCAGGUUUUAAGAAAAAGUUGUUUGAACAAUGGAUUAUCUAAUAUAAUAACAAAAGCACAAACAGAAAAACAAAAUAAAUAAAUGGGACCUCAUAGAAAUUAGAAAUUUCUAGUCAUCAAAAGAUAACCAAAAAAGUUAAGAGACAAGCUUAUGACCAGAAGACUAUCUUUGGAAACCAUAUAUCUGACAAGAAUCUAAUAACCAAAAUAUGUAUAAAACUUCAACAACUUAAAAAGAAAAAGACAAAUAACCCAAUCAUAAAAUGGGCAAAGUACUUGAAUAGAUAUCUCACCAAAGAGGACAUUCAAAUAGCCACCAAACACAUGAAAAGAUGCUCAGCUCAUUAACCAUCAGAGAGAUGCAAAUCAAAAUCACGAUGAGAUACCAUCUCACUCACAUUAGGAUGGCUAAGAUUAAGAACAGAAAAUAACAAAUGUUGGUGAGGAUGUGGAGAAAUUGGAACCCUUAUCCAUUCCUGGUGGGAAAGCAAAAUGGUACAGCUUUUGUGGAAAACAGUGUGGCAGUUCCUCAAAAAACUAAAAAUAGAACUACCAUAAAAACCAAAACCAAACCCAGUGCCGUCGAGUCGAUUCGGACUCAGUGACCCUGUAGGACAGAGUAGAACUGCCCCAUAGAGUUUCCAAGGAGCGCCUGGUGGAUUUGAACUGCCGACUCUUUGCUUAGCAGCCAUAGCACUUAACCACUACACCACCAGGGUUUCCAGAACUACCAUAUGACCCAGCAAUUCCACUCCUAGGUAUAUACCCAAAAGACUUGAAAGCAAAGACUUAAACACAGACUUGUAUACCAACGUUCACUGCAGCACUAUUCACAAUAGCCAAAAGAUAGAAACAACCUGAAUGCUCCUCAACAGAGGAAUGGAUAAACAAAAUGUGGUAUAUACAUACAAUGGAAUACAGCUCAGCCAGUAGGAGAAAUGAAGUCUUGAUACAUGCUACAGUAUGGAUGGAGCUGGAAGACAUUUUUCUGAAUGAAAUAAGCCAGUCACAAAAGGACAAAUGUCGCAUGACUUCACUUAUAUAAAACAAGGAAAGGGAAAUGUAUAGAGACCAAAGUUUAUUAGAGGGAUGGGGAAAGGGAGGUAAAUGGUGAUGGAAGGAUCACAUUGAUUAAGGGGAUCCUUGCACAGCCUAUUAUUGUUAAGUACUGUCAAUAAGUUGUAUACCCAUUAAAGCUGAAUUGGCAAAAGUUGUAUGAUAGAUAUGUUUACAAAAAAAAAAAAAGUAAUAACUAAAGCAGGGGAAAAAAAAGUUGGUUGAAACCAAUGAGUGGCUGCCUGAGCCCUCUGUGACAAGUGGGGAGGAGGACAGGGAAGAGGGUGGGCACAGUAGUGGGGCCCAGUCAUUACAGGCUUGGGCUGUGAGUCAGAAGGACUCAUGCUAUGAUCUCGGGUCUAAGUGUUUGGGGAUCCUCCGCCUGACCUCUUUUCUCUGUAAAUGGGGACACUCACUAGUGACCAUGUGUUCCCAGGUUAGCAGUGAGGAGUCAGGGCCAUCGGGCCUGUGUGCUGCUUAUCGGGGCCUGGCGCAGGGUGUUAGCUGGGGCCAAGUCAGCUCCGACUCAUGCGCCC